AUGGGGAAAAAGAAGAAGAAAGAUAUGAUUCGAUUGGAGAGCGAGUCGGUCGUACCAAUCCUUAAGUCCAGGCUCAUCAAUACGUUGUCCUACAACUUUGAAAAUACUUCUGAGAGGGCUGAGUUUGCAAAGUUUUGCCAGAGAGUUGAAUGCACCAUUAGAGCUUGGUAUCUCCUACAAUUUGAGGAUUUGAUGCAACUGUAUGCUCUAUUUGACCCCAUCCAUGGGGCUCGGAAAUUGGAGCAACACAACUUAUCUCCUGAAGAAAUUGAUGAUUUUGAGCAGAGUUUCCUUUCUCACUUAAUGAAGAUAAUGGAGAAGAGCAACUUCAAGAUAACAACAGAUGGUGAAAUUGAGGUGGCACUUUCCGCACAAUAUCGUCUAAAUCUCCCUAUCGUCGUUGAUGAAUCCAAGCUGGAUAAGAGGCUCCUAACAAGGUAUUUCAUGAAGUAUCCCAAAGACGAUCUUCCACAUUUUGCUGACAAGUACAUAAUCUUCCGACGAGGCAUUGGGAUUGACCACACAACCGCUUUCUUUUUUCAAGCCAAAGUGAAUACAAUCAUUCUGCGAAUAUGGAGAUUUUUUCUCACGGUGACAGGGCUAAAAAGACUUUUCUUUGGAAAGUCAGGUGGCAAGAACUCUACAAAGGAUGCGUCAAAAACCAUAGAGAUUAGCAUUGAAGAUGAGCGAGAGGGCUUAUAUGUGGAAAGGAUUCGUAUAGAGAAAAUGAAACUCAUGAGUAUAACUAAGCUGUUGAGGAGAAUCACCAUCCAAGAACCUACAUUUGAUAGAAUAAUUGUUGUGUACAGGCGUGCAAAAACCAGAAAGGAAAAUGAAAGGGGCAUAUACGUGAAGCAUUUCAAGAACAUUCCAAUGGCUGAUUUGGAGAUAGUACUUCCAGAAAAGAAAAAUCCUAGUUUAACUCCAAUGGACUGGGUCAAAUUUCUUGUUUCUGCUGCUGUAGGGCUGGCGACCGUUAUUAGUUCAAUUAGCAUUCCUAAAGUCGAUAUCCGGGUUAUCUUUGCUGUCCUCUCAGCUGUGUUUGGUUACUGCAUCAAAACAUAUUUCUCGUUUCAGAAGAACUUGGUUGCAUAUCAGAGCUUAAUCAUGCAGUCCGUCUACGACAAACAGUUGGAUAGUGGAAGGGGCACUCUUCUUCACCUGUGUGAUGAAGUCAUUCAACAGGAAGUAAAAGAGGUUAUCAUCUCAUUCUUCAUACUAAGGAAGCACGGAAGAUCUGCCAGACAGGAUCUUGAUACGCGGUGCGAGCAACUUAUCAAAGAAGAAUUUGGCGAGCGCUGUAAUUUUGAUGUCGAUGAUGCAGUUCAAAAGUUGGAGAAGUUGGGAAUCGUUUCUCGGGAUAGUACUGGAAGGUAUUCAUGCGUUGAUUUGAAGAAAGCGAACGAGAUAAUUGGUGUUACCACGGAGGAGGUUGUCCUCAAUGCCACAGAAGGAGCGAGAUUUGCAAAAAAUUUGCCUUGUCCCCCAACUGAGUGAG